AUGGCGACAACUUAUGCUAAGAUAGGGAAUGCUCCCUUCAGCAUGGGUCGAUUUCCGCUGCCUACUGAGAAACAGCGUCAUCAGAUUGUCCAGAAUCGUAAAAAUUACGAAAUGAAUCUCUCCGCCAGUCUUCGUAUGCAAUCCACGACACAGCGUGGGACGAGCGUACCCCCGAAAAUUUCGGAGACUUCGGUAGAAACUUCAGAUAUGCCACAGGUAAUUGAAGCUGAAGUUGUACGCUCAUCUCCUGGUGUUUUGGUGGUGCAGUAUAAGCAAGAAAGCACUCAGUACACGGGUAUUCUCCUUGCUGAGAACGGUGCAAAUGGAACACCGGGUAUCAUCAGCGAGGAUAUGUCAAGAUUUCGGGAAACAAUUAAAGCAUACGUGGAUGCACCUAUCAUUGAUCAAUGGACAUCUGUAAUUGGUGAGCGAUUUACUACUUCUGGUCUUCAAUUACGCGCUCGGAGUUACAUGCGCAAAAACGGUCGUAUGGUUUGUGCCAGUUGUAUGGAAGCCAUUCCAGAUAAUGAAAUGAUAACACGCAAACACUUCGUUAAUGCCAACCAGCGGAAACUGCAAUCAUUUCCCAAAGAAACGAAACGUAUAGUGGCUCAGUUACCGUCCUCAGAAAAACCGAUAGUUGUUGAUGAGGUUGGAUAUGAAUUGUUGGACGAACAUUUAAGCGGUGAAACAGCAGAUUAUUCCUCAGAUGCCUCCGUGAGUUCAACACCAUUACGAAGAAGGAAUAAGAGGAAAGCAUAUGUUCCACGUGGUGCCUGUAGCGUCUUGGUUCCUGCGGGAGUGGAUUUAUUCGAACCAGAAUACGACCCUCUUCCCGGGCCUUCAAGUGGUUCAGCGAGAGGGUUGUGCAACGUUGAACUUUCACAUAAACAUGCUAAGAGCCGCUUGCUGCCGACUUCGGUAACGAUAAAAAAUCGUCGCGUUAGUUCGGACCUAAUAAGGAAUAACGCAUCCGGUGGAAUAGUUGACUCGCUUUCGAACAACAAUCCUGAACCAGCUAGAAAUAAAGAUGUCCGAAAUGUUAGCGGUAGCUCCACUCGUCGAUUCAAAAGCGACAAAAUUCGAAGGGCUUUUUCGUCAGAGUAUUCGAUAAGGAAACCAGUCAGUGAUUCGUUACAUAUGACAUUCGUUCGACAAUCCAAUGAACACGAUAUUUGUUCAUCAACCGGAUGUCGUUCGCGUCCACCAAUCGUAGAUUCCUUCCGCCAACAGCCAUUUACUAUACCUUCUCUUGAUCGUUCGCUUAUUCGUUUUACUGCUAGCCCCUCUUUCCCGUCUCUUGAUUCCCCAGAAAUGAAAAAAACGGGACUUGACGUAAUGGAGAAAGUCUGUCUUACUUCAAGUAAGGCCGAAAGUGGAAGUAAUGUGAUGGAACGUAAUCUUCCAUGUCGACCUCCGAUUAAAAUUGUGCUGAAACCAGUCAAAAAGAAUGAAUUGAAUCCAUCCCUUCGACCAAAGCGUGAGGUGCAGUAUUCUCCACCUAUAAACAGCUCAGACGUCGUUGCGCGAACCUCAGUACGUUCGGCACCUGAUCUUCGUUACCCGUCAGCUAUUGAAAAAGCUGUGUUUAAAAUCCGUCCUUCAAUCCCACAAAGACGUUCAGAUACUGGAUGUCCACCGAUGAUUAAAGCUACUUCAACAGAAAUAAAGACUCACUUUGAUCAUGGAAAUGAUGGAGAUGAAUCCAUUACUAUGAAAACUUAUAUGCCUUCAACAGAAAAUUUCUCGCAAUUGUUUGAAAAGCGAGAAGGUGCUCAAGAGAAGCAUGCAGCAGGAAUUGAACUUGCGCGUAAUUUCCCAGCGCCGAUGGAGAAUAAUGGCUUUAGAAUUGGUGACAUUGUUUGGGCGAGGAAUGGAAUGUUUCCAUAUUGGCCAGGUCGAAUUCAUGAAUUCGUGAAGGAAAAUAAAAAGGAUGGAGCAUCCAUUGUAUGGUAUGGUGAUAAUACGUACACUCCUUUCAUCGAAUUCUCUCGAAUCGAAAAAUUUGCUGAGUCCUAUGACACAAGGUUCAAUCCCAUGCGUCCAGAUCUCAAAUACCACAAGGCCGUCGCUAGUGCAAUCAUAUCUUGUCUCCCAAAUAGGGGCUAUUUUGAGAAAAAGUUGUCUUCACAAGUUCACGAAGUACUUGUGAAGGAAAAAAUCGAUCUUGGUGAGGUGAACAUAAUUGCAAAAUGUAAGAAAAGGACGUCGAGUGGCUCAUCCAGCAGACGAAGGAAGAUCGUUGCUGCGAAAAUGGAAAUUCAAGAGAUUGAAAAAACGGAAAUUGUAGAAACCGCAAUUCCAGCAGCAAGGACAAAUGGUGAUGAGCCUCCUUCAUCGAGCACUUCUGUCAUAGCUGUCACUUACAAUUCUGAUGCGUUAAUUACACUAGGAGCAGCAAAAAAAGCAUCUAUUAUUCCUGAAACGGAUUCUUUUGACUCGAAAAGAUCUGAAAUUCCGAGUUGGUUAGAGACAGAUUAA